GUUUCCAUUAUAUUCUAAUUGUAUAGUAUGUUAUUAUCUGCUAUUGGAUAAUAGAAGGUUAUGUCUUUUGGUCUUUUUGUUAUUGAUGGUAGUGAAGCAACCUUUUUGUUUGAACGAUUAAAUGGCAAUACUAAAUGUGCAAAAACACCUCUGGUUGAACUUCGAAAACGACAGAUUGCAACUAAUAUUGAAAUGAUCACUUUCUUGUCGUCCUCUUCGUCAACAAUCAAGAUAUCAGGAUGUGAACCAGAAAUGGAACAAACUCUCAAGGAUGCACCCAAUAUGCAAGCAAUACAAUUUCUUGAAUAUAUAGUAUCAGGCAAUGAUAAUGAGCUUUUUUACAAUGAUACUGGCAUUCACCAGUGGACCAUGCUGUUUAGCUGA